UCUCAAGAGCUAGUGAUGAUUCUGCUUCAUUGAAGCUGCGCAUGCGCGUUCCCGCGCUGCAAGGGACUAUGGCUGUGUCCACGAGGACAAUGCUGCUGUCCGAAUUUAUUGGCACGUAUAUUUUGGUCUUAACCUUCGGCUGCAAUGUCCUCAGUCUUCAGUACGACUUCGCCGGGGUUGCCAUUGCUUUCACCCUCAUGGUGCUCCUCUAUUCCCUUGGAGGGGUGUCCGGCGCCUUGUUCAAUCCAGCGGCGACCUUCGCGCUGGGCCUCUGCCGGGCCAUGGGCGGCCCUGGCCUUGACUGGAGGACAGUUGCCAGCUACACCGUCGUGCAGUUCUUGGCUGGACUACUGGGUGCUGUUAGCUACACUUUGCUUUACGGCAAGUCCUUCAACUUGGAGCCAGCAGAAGGUUUUGGCUGGCUGAAUGCCGGGCUUUGCGAGAUGUUGUACACCUUCAUGCUGUGCUUCGUCACAUUGAAUGUUGUGGUCGCGCGGAAGAACCUACAAGAGAAGAACCAGUACUAUGGCCUAGCCAUCGGCCUGGUCCCGGCCGCUGGGCUCUACGGCGCCGGCGCCGUGUCAGGGGGAUGCUUCAAUCCGGCCCUUGCCUUGGGCAUCGACGCUUCUUCUAUGGGUGCUGGCUUCGGAUGGUCCGCGGUGUUUGUCCUCUUCGAGCUGCUGGGCGCGGCAGCGGCGUGCUUCGCCUUCGCCAAAGUCCGCCCCGAGGACUUCCGGAGCUCAGCGCCGGGCUCCGCUUUCGUGGCCGAGCUGCUAGGGACCUGGCUGCUGGUGGCGACCGCGGGGCUGAACGUCUUGGCUGAGAGCUCCGCCGCUGCCUUCAGCGUGGCGGCGGCCCUCACGUCUUUGGUUUACGCCCUCGCGGAUGUCUCUGGAGCACACUUCAACCCAGCGGUCACGCUGGCGAUUUUCGUGUCUGGCCGCGCUGACCUCACAACCAAGCAGGCCGCGCAGCACGUGCUUGCGCAGAUGCUAGGUGCUGCUCUGGGCUGUGUGACCUACUCGCUCGUCUACGUGGGUGGAAGCUUUGCAGUGGGCCCCAUUGGAAAGAGCACCUGGCCACAGGUGGUGAUCGGCGAGCUGCUUUUCACCUUCCUCUUGGCCUACACUGUGCUGUGCGUUGUUUUCGCCAGCCGGACCAAGACUUCGCACAUGUUCGGCCUGGCAAUUGGGUCUUGCGUCACGGCUGGAGGCUUUGCCCUAAGUGGCGUCUCGGGUGGCUCGCUGAACCCGGCACUCUCCUUGGCCACUGCGUUGCCAUGGGGCAAAGGCCUAGGGGCCGCUGCUGUGUACUGCAUCGCAGAGCUACUGGGUGGCCUGGUGGCGGUGGGCGCGUUCCAGGUCACACAUCAGGUGGAGUAUGGGCCUGUCUUGGGGAAGUUUACAGCGAGCAGUUGAGAGCGUUGCUGCGGUCUCGCGGGCAGCCUGCGUCGCA